UAAGAAGCCAGUUGUCUCGUCUUGGCUUAGUGAGAACCUGAUUCAGUUUUGCUUCAAGCAAAAACGACAUUAUUGGGUAUACAGAUAUGUGAAACGUCCGGAAACGCUCAUUAGUUAAUCGAUAUCAUUUUCCGCAUAAAAGUGAAAGUGUAAUUAAUGGUUAAAGCUCCGGAGAGCAUUCCACAAAAGAAACUGACCUCUAAACUGUAAUUGUACCGUGUUCAAAAUUAUAGGAGUUCAAAACGAAAAAAACAUGAUCUGACUACCGAGGAUAUAAAAAUUCAACGUGAAACUUCUAAUCCAUGGAAAUUGGAUGUUGCUGAGAGCCUAGAAAUUUUUAAACAACCCCCUUCGUCUUUACUCAAUCGAGAUCAAGAUAAUUAGAAUGACACAAAUAACUCAAGAAGAAAUUGUUUCAAAUACAAAAACCGUGCUACAAGGUCUUGAAGCAUUGAGAGUAGAACAUCUAUCUUUGAUUUCGAAUCUCUCGGACGGCAACAAAAAGGACCAUGAUAAAUCAGAAAUGGUAUUGAGAAAUAUAGAUAACAUUGAGCUUGGAUUAGGUGAAGCACAGGUAAUUGUGGUGUUGGCAUCGCAUUUGCAGAAUAUUGAAGCAGAAAAACAGAAACUAAGAACACAAGUUAGGCGGUUAUGUCAAGAGAAUGCCUGGUUACGCGAUGAACUUGCAAACACGCAGCAAAAAUUACAAGCUUCAGAACAAACAGUAGCACAGCUCGAAGAAGAAAAAAAACAUCUCGAGUUUAUGGCAUCUGUAAGAAAAUAUGAUGACAACCAGGAAGGUGAAGACAAUUUUGAAAAGCCGCGCUCGGAUCCUGUAGUGGAAUUAUUCCCGGAAGAUGAAGCAGAGGAACGACAUAACAUGUCACCGACUCCUCAAAAUCAAUUUGCGAACCAUGCGAAUGCUGGGUAUGAAAUUCCAGCACGUCUGAGAACACUGCACAAUUUGGUUAUACAAUAUGCUUCCCAAGGCCGUUAUGAAGUAGCUGUCCCACUUUGUAAACAAGCAUUGGAAGAUCUAGAAAAAACUAGUGGACAUGAUCACCCUGAUGUUGCUACUAUGUUGAAUAUUUUAGCACUAGUAUACAGAGAUCAGAAUAAAUAUAAAGAAGCGGCAAAUCUAUUAAAUGAUGCAUUAGCAAUACGAGAAAAAACGUUAGGUGAAAAUCAUCCUGCCGUAGCAGCCACCCUGAAUAACCUAGCUGUAUUAUAUGGUAAACGUGGCAAAUACAAGGAUGCUGAACCAUUAUGUAAACGAGCACUAGAGAUUAGAGAAAAUGUUUUAGGUAAAAACCAUCCUGAUGUGGCCAAACAGCUUAACAACCUAGCUUUGUUAUGUCAAAAUCAGACUAAGUAUGAAGAAGUGGAAAUGUACUAUCAACGAGCUUUGGAAAUUUAUGAAAUGAAACUAGGUCCAGACGAUCCUAACGUAGCUAAAACCAAAAAUAACUUAGCUAGUUGCUAUUUGAAGCAAGGCAAAUAUAAACAAGCUGAAAUACUGUAUAAGCAGGUUUUGACUCGAGCCCAUGAGAGAGAAUUUGGGGCAAUAAAUGGAGAAAACAAGCCCAUAUGGCAGGUUGCUGAAGAAAGAGAGGAAAAUAAACUUAAAAAUCGAGAGAACACUCCUUAUGGCGAAUAUGGAGGAUGGCAUAAGGCAGCUAAAGUUGAUUCACCUACCGUCACUACUACUCUGAAAAACUUAGGAGCCUUAUAUAGACGACAAGGAAAAUAUGAAGCGGCCGAUACACUAGAAGACUGCGCUUUGCGAAGCAAAAAAGAGGCAUUGGAUUUAGUCAAACAGACGAAAGUUGCUAAAAUUCUUGGAGUCACUGAUGAAACCCGACGCCAAAGAUUGCGAGACUGUGAAAGUCAUGACGAUGAAACACGCCGAAAUCAAAAUUAAUUUAUCGUAUAAUCCAUACCUAAAGUUUCCUAAGCUGAAAUAAAUUUGAUGUGAUGAGGUGAAUCUGUACCAUGCUCAUUCUUGACAUUAUAAAAAAGGAGGUUUUUUGACUUGUUUUUUAUUAUAGUUAACAUACACGGAAACGAAAUGAAAAUUAUAUCUUUUUGAAAUC